UUUAGGUUAGCAUAUCAUCGUUUAGGUUAGCUGUUAGCAACUUAAAUCAUCUCCAGACUGGUUUUUACAGCGAGUAAAGUGUUUAAAUCAAGUUCUUAUUUCACCUCUGCAUACAUCUCCUUGUGUUUGGUAAUGGAACAGCACUGAAUCGGAUCCUCUAGAGUUACUUGUUGCUCUUUAAUGGAGACUAAUGUUAGCUUGUAGCUAAUGUUAGCUACUAGCCAUCAACAGGAAGUAAAGGAACUAGAUAACCUGAUGUCUUGCACUCUGAAUACUCCAGGCAUGAACUGCACCUUAGAGAAGGUCCUGGCAGAUGCCAAAUCAUUAGUGGAGAGGCUUCGUAACCAUGACAACGCUGCUGAGAUGUUAAUUGAACAGACAACAACGCUCAACAAGCGAGUGGAGGCCAUGCAACAGUACCAGGAGGAGAUUGACUCAUUGAACCAGGUAGCGCGACAUCGUCCUCGUUCUAGUCUGGUCCUAGGAAUCCAGCAGGAAAACCGUCAGAUCAGAGAUCUCCAGCAGGAAAACAAAGAGCUACGGUCGUCGUUAGAGGAACACCAGUCUGCGUUAGAGCUCAUCAUGACCAAAUACAGGGAGCAGGUGUUCAGGCUCCUCAUGGCCAGCAAGAGGGACGACCCCACCAUCGUGACCCAGCUGAAGGAGCAACACACCACGGAAAUGCAAGCACACAUAGACAAGAUCAACGAGAUGGCCUCCGUGAUGAGGAAGGCCAUAGAGGUGGACGAGGGACGAAUAUGUGAAGACGAAGAGAGGAUUAAACAGCUAGAGCUGGAGAACAGCGGCCUCCGAGAGCUGCUUGGAAUCAGUCGCGAGGCCUUCCUGGUCCUGAAGAGAGAAGACGCAUCAGAGUGCACUUCACUAUCGCCGUUGCUGACCAGCGCUGACGUCAGCUUACGAAAGAGUUAGAGAGCCCACGGUGACUGCCCAACCCCCCAUCCCUCUCCCCCUGCUGCUGCCACUACUGUGUACAGUCUAUUUCCACACAUACCACUUCAUCUUUCACCCUACAGACCCUCUCCCUUCUCCUGGAGCAUUUACAGCAUGAUGCUGCAGAGCUGCAUUCCCGUCUGGCGAUUCAGACACAAAGCAGUGUGAUACAUCUUAUUUUUGUUGGUACUUCUGUUAUGUUUGCUCAUUUUGCCAGCAUGCAUGAGUCCGCGGUGCCUGCAAAGUUUUAAUGUGUGAAUGGGUAAAAGAAGGGCUUGAGUUAAAAUAAAUCUAUAAACAUGUAAA